AUGUCUCAACCGCAAAUACCAGAACCGACAACCCUCCAACCCUCUUUCAAGAUGGCACCAAAGAAAACGGAACUCACACCCAAAACAACCCAAGUCCCUACUAUCAUUGCUGAGUUCCACCUCUUCCCCAAGCUCCCCACCGAGAUGCGUCUAGAGAUCUGGCAUCUGGUAGAGCAAGUCCCAUCCCUCGUCACCAGGCGAGAUAUCCUCAAGGGUAAAUAUUCCUCAGAGUAUUCUCGCCCCGUGCCUGCAGUUCUACAUGCUUGUAGAGAGUCCCGGUACGAGUUUCUGGCUCGAGCUGGGGUCAACCAAAGACACACCACAUACCAGCUGUGCGGUGGACUAUAUGAGCACCAGCUUUUUUUUGUCUGUAUGGAAACCGAUACUGUAUUUUCGGGAGAUGUUUUCGACGCCAUGGGCAUCAGCAAUCUCCGCCAUCUCGCUCUGUACUGGCGUACAAUGUAUUUUGAACUAGACUACUUGCCUGAUCUUAAAUUUCUCCGGACUCUGACUGUUGUCUAUGAUUGUCCCGGCCAUACUAUUGAAACUCUAGCUCCUGAAGUCGAGGCCGAGAUUGUCAAUCCAUACAGUAUGAUCAUGUAUGAUGAAGCGGGUUGGAUGAUGGAGUAUUUAGAGACUACCUUCAAGAGCAUGUUGAUGGAGAAACCAGAUUGGAAGGUCCCCCUGGUUAGGUGGCGUGCAGAGCCACAUUUCUUUGAGAAUCCACAUGCAAGCAGGGUCUUGUAUGAGGAGAUGGAGAGGAAGGGCGAGGCUACGCAGAGUAGGAUUAUGUCCCUUAAUACUAGAUACCCCACUAUUUAG